GCUCUCCUCGCCCUCCUCCUCCUCCUCCUACCCCUCGCCUCUGCAGUCGACACGGCGGGCUGGACCGUGCGGCCAUCCAACAACUCGGCGGAUCUGUCCUGGACCGCGGGCCUCCGCUUCCAUCUGAACAGCUCCCAGGUGCUGUUGCCCGCCUCCAGCAGCCUCGCCCCGUUGACCCCGGACCUGGUCGAUCUCGAUCAGACUGAGCUUGCCCGAUACCGCGUGCGUGGGAGCUUGGUUGACGUCGACGCCACCAACUCGGUCUCGCUGAGCAGCCAGGACAUCGCCGUUAUCAGCUGCGAUCCCGCCGCCUACUCCGGGAAUUUAGAUGCCAGUGCCACCCUGAGCAACGUCCUGACCGCGCAGCAGCAAGCCAUUGCCGUGGUCCUGUACAGCGCCACCUCCGUUUUCUGCAACUACACCUCCGACGACCCCUCCGCCAACCGCUACAUCAACGUCUUCUCCCUGGUCAACCCGACCCUCACCGGCAGUGUCCAGUCGCAGCUCAGCGCGCCCGGCAACGGAUCCACCGUCAUCGCGGCCAACACCAACAUGUCCUCCAUCGGCAGCACCCCGCUGUCCACAAGCAACGAGUCGAACGGCAGCCCGAACACAGGCACAGCGAUGAUCAUCCUGUACAGCAUCACCGGCAUCAUCACGGCGCUGUUCCUCGCCAUCAUCGUCACGGGUGCCGUGCGCGCCCACCGGCACCCGGAGCGUUACGGACCACGGUACACCGCCGGACGACCGCGCCAAAGUCGAGCGCGAGGCAUCGCCCGGGCCAUGCUCGACACCAUCCCGAUCGUCAAGUUCGGGGACGCCACCCACGAGGGCAAGCCCGAGCCCAAGGGCGAUGUCGAGAUGGGCGAGGCGUCGGAGGAGCAGCCGGCCCACGAGAUCCGGGAGGGCGAGACCGCAGCCACCACCACCACCACCAUCGCUCCCUCGACAGAGCAGCAACACCACCCUGAUCACUCUGAGACGUCCAACCCGACCGAGUCGAAUGACGCCGACAAUGAACCCCCCACCGACCACCCGAACUUCGCCUGUCCGAUCUGCACGGACGACUUCAUCAAGGGCCAGGACAUGCGCGUGCUUCCGUGCAACCACCAGUUCCACCCGGAGUGUAUCGAUCCCUGGCUAGUGAACGUGUCGGGCACGUGUCCUCUCUGUCGAAUCGACCUCAACCCCCUCCCCCAAGAAGGCGACGAGCACGACCUGGCAGACGGCCACCACGGACCGACCGCGGAGGGCGCCCCCGAACCCGCGGCCGAGGGCAGCCACCACCGCCACCGCCGCUUCAGCAGCUACCUGCAAAGCACGCUGAACGAGCGGCGCAUGCGCGACGCCAGCGUCGAGGAGCGACUGCUCGCGCUGCGCAUCGUCCGGCAACAGGCGACCGCCGACCCCAACCCCGACAACACCGGCGACUCGCCCGACGAGCGCCUCCGUCGGCGGAGUCGGUUGACGGCGCGUUUGCGCGAGCGGUUCCGCGUGCGCACGCGAUCCCACGGC